CGUUGCUGUUGUUGCGGUUCGACCACCUGAGGCGGCGCCACAAAGUCUGGGGGUGCGUCUUCUCGCCUCUCGGGAUUGACGAAUCUUUUCAUGUGCGGUGAAUGGGAAUCGACGGCUAUGGAUUCAAAAUUCAUGGGCGUUGGGGUUGAAAGGUCAUGGUAUAUGUACAAUGUGCCACGCAGGUGGACACAUGUUGUUCGCGAGCUAAGGCGCGCGCGUGUUGGACGCGUUUCGUGGUUCUCGUGAUGUCUUUGCUAGCCUCACGCGGGAGUGCCUGCGUCUGGCGUCUGACAAGGUGCAGGGUCCAUUCAAGUGCUGUGCACUUCUAUUCAUGUCCGUCAAGAUCGUGGUCUAAUCGAUUCUGUGAUGUAAUGGAUAUCACGUUGAAUGGAAGUGGCAUCGUGUAUCUUUAUAUCAAAUCACCCUCAUACUCGUGUUGUGUUAGCUUGCGUUUCGUGAUAUCGAAGCGGCAAGGGAACGCUACAAGGAGGUGUCUUAUUUUGAGUUCAUCUGCAUUUGGGUGUGCGCUAAUGAUUCCCACGUCAUGUUGCUUCGAGUCGUGCAUGUAAUACUAUCAGAACACGAUUCUUAGAGGGGCCGAAGUGCAAUUAUUUGUGCGUGAUUUUUGUCAUGUUGCUAAUGAGAUCGUAAAUUAUAUCUAUGACACGAAGUUCAGAAAUAAACUGCAGGAAAGCACGAACAAUGUGACAUGUGCACCG